AUGUCUCGGUUGAGAAGGGAGAGGAGAUCGAGGUCGCGGGCGACUUCGCACCGCUCCGGCAAUGUGCCGCCGCCUCGUCGGACCAAGCCGGGGCACCGCCACCCCGCCUGGGCCCAAAGCCUGGAGCUGCUGAAGAUCACAGUGCAUGUCACGAUUGCAUCGGUAUUAUUCCUGCGAGAGCUCCUGCCGGAGGAGGCAUUCGGCGUUCGGUGCCUCGGCAAGGUGAAGCCCGGACAGAUGUACUCGCAUGAGGACUUCCUUGCGCGGCAACAAGGGACCCCUCUGGAAGGGAGAUCCGCCUGCGCUCACGUGAAAAAGCAAUUGGCGUCUGCCAAAACAGAGAAGCCGCACGCAUCUAAGUAUGCCGGGGUGAAAAUAAUCGAGAGAGGAAUGGACGAGGUGGGUGAUCAGAUCCGAGAUGCUAUGCAUGACAUCUUCGAUGGACUUGCACGACGCCGACUGGGAUGCCUUCAACUAUACAUAGAAGAGGCGAGUAAUGACGGAAUACCCCCUCUUAAGCUCGAAACGUACACCAUGAGCUUUGAGUAUGGUGGCAAACGCGGCACGGCGGAUGCUCUGGAUGGCACGAUUGACGCCGUUCUCAAACCGAGAUCACUGAGAGAUAUCCAAAAGUACAUUUACGACAUGUCUCGAAAGUUGAGCAUGCUCAAGGAUGCACCCGCGCCUCCCAGCUAUCGAUCUCUCGGAAUCCUCAUGGCGUACAAUGAAGACACCCCUUCCCGGAGCGUUGGAUACGGGUUUCUCACCCCCUCUGGCAGCACGGACAGCCGGGGUGUCCAGGCUCCCGAGUUAGACCAAAACUGGAGCAACAUCAUCCAACCGUGUGGAAGAUUCGACGGUGGAUAUCAUGUUACCGAACUCGAAGUGAGCUACUACCGGUGCCACGCUCUGGUCCCCUUCCGUCCCUCAGCGGAGCCUACCACGGAGAGAAACGCUCGUCAUUCGGGACCAUAG